UCCCGUGCAGCCCGUUCCCGAGAUAUAUAGGACGCUCCGGAUUCCUCCUCUCUCUCCGCGUCUUCGUCACAAGUCACAUCCCCCUUCUCUCUCUAAACCCUAACGCCUCGACCUGAGCAAUCCCUAGGUCUCCGCGCGAGGUGGUGGCGGCGGCGGGCGGCGAGGGGAUUUCGAUUUGAUUUGACCCGGGAUGGCGGAGGAAAAUAAGGUCGGACGGAUCUUCGUGGGCGGGCUGUCGUGGGACACCACGGAGAGCACGCUCACGCGCACCUUCAGCCAGUACGGCAAGGUCAUCGACUCGCAGGUUGUAGUGGAAAGGGACACAGGCCGCUCCAGGGGAUUUGGAUUUGUCACAUUUUCAGAACCUCGGGCUGUGGAUGCUGCCAUUCGGGGAAUGCAUAAUGGAGAACUGGAUGGUCGAAAUAUCUCUGUGAACAAAGCUCAACCUAGGAACUCUGAUGAUGGCUAUGGCUAUGGUGGUGGUGGUGGUGGUGGUUACUCAUCUGGUGCUAGAGGUGGAUAUCGCAGUGGAGGUGAUGUAGUUCCAGCUGCCAGUGAUGAUUGCUUCAAAUGUGGCCGCCCUGGACAUUGGGCUCGUGAAUGCCCUUAUUCAGAUGGAGGUGGUAGAACUGGAAGGUACUCUCCAGCUUCAAGGUAUGGUGGUGGCACUGGGGGACGUGGUGAACGUUUUGGAGGAACAGAACGUUUUGCUCGCUAUGAUGAUGAUCGAUAUGAUGGUGGGCGCUACAUGGACAGCAGGGAUACAUAUUAUGGUGCUGGGCGCGAUCGCUAUGCUAGUGAUCGCUAUGCACCAGCAGCAGAUCGCUAUUCUGGUGACAGGUAUAGUGGUGCAGAUCGUAAUGCAUCAGGUGGCUUUGCUAGGGAAAGGAGCUACGAAAGAGAUGGAGGACGGUCCAGCGGAGGUUACUACCGUGAUGAACCUAGGGGUACUGGUGGAUAUGGCAGAGGUGGUUCACGUGUUGGGGGUGGUGCUGGUGGGCCUGCUCGCUUUGGUGGGAGUUACCGUGAUAGACCCGCACCCUAUGACCGUCCUAGCAGGGGUGCUGGAGCUCGUGCUUAUGAUGAUCGCUACUGAAGAAGGUUACCUUGCAGCAGAACAGAGGCAUCUAGUGUGUUUCUGUUAUGAGUCAGUAUUUAUAUUUCGCUAUAUUGAUGCUUCAACCCUGUGUUAUUCGGCAGUGCAGUUUGUCUUAUUAGUCUGAAGACAAUCAUUUCAGUACUUGAAUUAUUAGUUUGUUGGUACAAUAAUCUGUAGGCAGUGUGAUCCUGGUUCCUUCGUCAUGCUUUGUAAUUACUUUGCAGUUUGCACUGCAUAAUUGUGUAGUUCUGUUGAACUCAUUUGCAGUAUGUGAUCUUUGAAUGUCUGCUGUCCUGCUUGCUCGUCAACACUGCUGUGCCAGAUUUUCCAUCAUGGCUGAUUUCUGCAUCAUUGAUGCUCAGAGCUGUACAGCGAGGCAAUUUUCAGGUCCAGAUUGGAUAUUUACCCUUGUACUUUUGCUGGCAGUCAUUCAAUUUGUUCAGUUCUUGCAUCUGCGGGGUUGUCAAUUGGAAAUCAGAACUGCGUAAUGCAGUCUUGGUUUUUUGGAGUAAGCUGAGAAUGUCAGGCUGAUAAAGAUGUGGUUUCAUGCAGUCAGCUGGUGGUUUGUUGUGAUGUUUUUCCUGCUGCAGAUUUUGCAUUUGAUCUGUGCAAGUUUACUAGCAAUGACUCGGGCAGAUGCAUCUGGAAAUUUUUUACUUAGUUUUCUGGGUUUCAUCUGCAUCUUGUUGGAAGAGUUCGGCUGGUUCUGGCUGAAGUUCCUGCUGUAGUUUGGUAACUGUUGGAAGUUGUAAUCAUCGUUUGUCGAUUCAGAAUUGUGUUUCAGAUUCCACGAUAAAUCUGCAGCAAAUUCAAGUU